GCUACAUGUAGCCCGAGCUACAUUUGCAGUUUUCUCUAUCAUAUGUGGUUAUAUUUGGUUACAAUUUUCUUUGUGAUAGAAUAGAAUCAUGAUAUAUAAGAAAUGCUGCUUUACAUAAACAUUUUGAAAUUCAGUAUUGCAUGAAAUAGUAUUUAGCCCUAAUAAUUUCAUCUAUUUUUGUAUAGGUGCUAGCAUUAUUAUAUAUCAAACAUUUAUUUAUCCGAGUAUCGUUAGAGUUCUGGGGCCAAUCAGUACCGCUCGUGUUGCAACGAGCUUAUCUAUGGUGCUUCUAUUUACCUAUGCACCAAUCACGCAUCUCUCGAGACCCUGGUCGUCAAUAGCAGCAAAUGUGGUAUCGGUGCUUAAAAAUAUUUUUGUCGUUUCCAUCGUUACAUGUUGUUUCAUUCUUCAGAAUAAUGCCGUGACUCAAGAUCAAAGAGCAACCGCAAAUGGCUUAGCAACCACUUUGAUGUCUUUUUUCAAAGCAAUCGCUCCAGCUGGAGCUGGCAUUGUGUUUUCAUGGGCACAGAAACGCCAACACGCUUUCUUCUUUCCAGGCGACCAGAUGGUGUUCUUCCUUUUGGCGAUUGUCGAGCUUGUGGGUUUCGUCUGGACAUUCAAGCCGUUUAUUGCCGUGCCAGAACAAUUUUCUUCAAAUUAGCAACCCUGAUUGAUUUAUUCGUGCUAGCAUUAUACAGUAGAACUGUACCAGUACUAUACCAUCCUCCUACUAGCUAUAUAGCUCUGGUACCUGCUGGAGCAGUUACUGAAGGCCCAGCUUGCAGUAUCAGUGAUCAUUCACCCGAAGUGACACGAAGGCUAUGUAUGGCAGACAUAUUCUCCAAAAAAGAAGUAUGGCAGACAUGUUUGAAUUCU